AUGGAUUCUCGAUUCCAGCCUGAGGGAUUGACCUUCGACAGCAAGGACAACAACAACUUCAAUCCUAGCUUUGACAACAAUGGACCAAGCUACUCCCGCCCUCAGUCCGACCCACGCCCGGGUCUCUACCCUGUGCAGAAUGGUCUCCCUACUUCAGUUCGACCAGUCUCUCGACCCCAACAAACUCAGUACGCGCCCCAAGCAUACCAGCCUGACAACAUGAACAACGGUCAAAAUCCUCAACACGACAAUGGCGGCUUUCCUAUGAAUGUUCAGCAACCCACAAACACACAACAGCAGAACCAGUACCCUCCUCAGUCUCAACAGACCACCAGGACGAACACCUGGGUUCAGACACCUAUAGACCCAUACCCUGCUGGAGGAGAAACCUACUUCACAGGACCCGUAGACGGCAAUGGUUAUCCAAUCGAUUCUAAGGGCAAAGAGCCGGAGAACCCAUUCAAUGACCCACCUCCGCCUCCACCCGCCAUGCCAAUGCCUCCAGCCUCAAUCGACCUCGAGAAGCAGAAGCAUGAUGAUCAUGGUCACGGAAGCGGCUGGGAUCACAACUCGAAGCUACCACACAGGCGGGACCCGAACCAGCCAUAUAUGACAUUCGGCGACCGUCUUCGCCAUUUCACCUGGGCUUGGUACACCCUGACCAUGGCCACGGGUGGUGUUGCCACACUAAUCUCCGUUCAGCCCCACGCUUUCCCUGGACUGAUUACCAUCGGCGCCAUCUUCUACGUCAUGAACAUCAUCUUCUUCACUGUCAUCACUGGCACUAUGAUUCUACGUUUUACCAAGUUCCCUGGUGCUUUCAAAGGCUCUAUCACGCACGAGCGCGAGGCGCUUUUCCUGGGGCCUUUCUUCCUCUCUAUAGCCACCAUGAUUACGGGAACGGAAAAGUACGUCAUCCAAGCUUAUGAGAUGGAUCAUCCCAACCGCGCCUGGGCGGUUACCACUAUGUCGGUCGCGUUCUGGCUUUACACCUUCUUUGCCUUCAGCUUGGCUGUCUUCCAAUACUCCUUCCUCUUCGGCGCGCACACAUACAAGUUGAACAGUUUUAUGCCUUCAUGGCUGCUGCCAAUCUUCCCCAUCAUGCUUUCAGGAACUAUCGCUUCCGUCAUCGCAUCCAACCAGCCACUAAGCGCCAGAAUGCCCAUCAUUGUAGCAGGUCUUGGAUGUCAGGGUCUCGGCUUCACUGUUGCCAUUCUCAUGUACGCUCACUACAUUGGACGACUCAUGCAGGUCGGAUAUCCCGACCGCGAGCACCGUGGAGCUAUGUUCAUCGGAGUUGGACCUCCCUCUUUCACCUGCUUAGCACUCAUCGGAAUGGCAAAUGCGCUGCCCCCAGACUUCGACCUUCAGGGCGAUGGACUUAUGGAUGGCAAGCUCAUUCGCACUUUGGCUAUCGUUGCUGCUCUAUUCCUCUGGGUACUGGCUAUGUGGUUCUUUAUGAUUGCUCUUGUUGCUGUUAUCAGCUCCUGGGCUGUCUACUUCCACUUAGGUUGGUGGGCCAUGGUUUUCCCCAACACCGGGUUUGCCAUUGCCACCAUCUCCAUUGGUAACGCCCUGCAAGACGAAACAAUUCUGUUUGUCGGCAAUGGUCUCUCCAUUGCCAUCAUUGCAAUGUGGUUCUUUGUGCUAUUCAACCAUGUAAGGUCCGUCAUUGUCGGUGACAUCCUCUACCCCAUGAGGGACGAGGACGUCGCAGAUCAUUAG